AUGGAAGCAGUUGAAGACAUAGUGAUUGUUGGUGCAGGCAUAGCAGGCCUCGCUACAGCUUUAGGACUUCACAGGCUUGGCCUUAGAAGCUUGGUUCUGGAGUCGUCUGAUGGGUUGAGAACCACGGGGACCACAGGGUUUGCUUUAGGAAUAUGGACAAAUGGUUGGAAAGCCUUGGACGCAGUCGGGGUUGGCGAAUCGCUCCGUCGGCAGCACAACCGACUUCUCAGGGUGAUGACCUCUUCCACAAUUUCUGGACUUUGCACAGCAGAGAUACCGUUAAGUGCCAUGGGGCCGCAGAGAGACCAUGAAUUUCGUUGCGUGCAGAGGAAGAUCUUGUUGGAGACUCUUGAGAAAGAACUUCCAAGUGGCACUAUUAAAUUUUCUUCCAAGGUGGUUUCAAUCGAGGAAUCAGGUUACCUCAAGCUUAUUCAUCUUUCUGAUGGUUCUAUUCUCAAGGCGAAGUUGUUGAUUGGGUGUGAUGGAGUGAACUCCGCAGUGGCCAAAUGGCUAGGCUUCAAGAAGCCUGCUUUUGUUGGCCGAUUCGGCAUCAGGGCCUGUGUAUAUUAUGAAAAUGGUCAUGGUCUCGAGCCCAAAAUUUUCCUGUUCAUGGGUGAAGGAGUUAGAUACGGUGUCAUUCCUUGCGACGAUAAGACAAUAUACUGGUUCUUCAGUUUUUCUCCUUCCAACCAGGAUAAAGAGAUUAUAGAUAAUCCGUCUAAGAUGAAGCAAUUUGUGCUGAGCAAGCUCGGAAAAGUUGCCGACAACAUAAAAGCUGUUAUAGAUGACACGGAAUUGGAUGACAUGAUGUUAUCUCCACUGAGAUUUAGACACCCGUGGGAGAUUUUAUGGGGAAGCAUAAGCAAAAGCAACGUUUGUGUAGCUGGAGACGCAUUCCACCCCAUGACACCAGAUAUUGCCCAAGGAGGCUGUGCGGCCCUAGAAGAUGGCGUCAUCUUAGCAAGAUGCCUGGGUGAAGCAAUGAGAGAAAGGCAAGUGAUUAAAAGUGAAGGAAAGGGUAUGGAAGAGGAGGAUGAGUACAAGAGGAUGGAGAUGGGUUUGCGGAAUUACGCCAAAGAGCGGAGAUGGAGAGCAUUUCAGCUCAUAACUACAGCUUAUAUGGUGGGAUACAUGGCACAAAGCAAUGGCAAGAUAUGGAACUUCUUGAGUAAUAUAGUACUAGCCAGGUUCUUGGCCGGGCAGCUGCCGAGAAUAGCGCGCUACAAUUGCGGGAAGCUGAGAAUUUCUUGAACUCAGAACUUGGUCCCAUAUGUUGCUAUUUGCCUUUUCAGGUUACAUAGCGAGUGUUUUCUCAAUUUCUCGUUUCUCUUCUUCCCAUGUAGAGGAAAAUAAGGGAAUGUUUGUGUUUGUGCUAGUAAAGUAAGGAUGAUGAGUGCUUGAGCUACAAUGAUGUCAUUUUGACUGCCAGAAUAUGUUGCCCUCUUUAAGGCAUCAAUGUCA